CGGAGGCAGACCGGAGAGCUCGGGUACCGUUAACAACGGGCAGCGGCGGUACAGGAUCCCUUUACCUCCGGUUUAACAGAACAAAACCGGGAUACAGGGACGCGGAGACCAUGGGAAAUAAUCCAGAGCAGUGCGGGUACAGCAGCCACGGAGAAUACAGCUCAUUUAUUGGCGUAAAUCAGGGAAUAUAACCGUUGACGACCCAAAACCGUUGAACACAUCGGGCCACUGCUUCUCCAUCUCCACCAUUUUGGUUGUCAGUGAUGGAGCACAUCCGGACGCCCAAGUUGGAAAAUGUGCGUCUCCUGGACCGGUCGUCAGGACAGAGAAAGGCCAGCAUUGGGACUCUCUACCUUUCUGCCACACACACCAUCUUUGUAGAGAACAACCCUGAGACACGCAAGGAGACAUGGGUGUUGCACAGUAUGGUGAACAGCGUGGAGAGGCCACCCACCAUCCCCGCAGGAAGUCAGCUGACCCUGCGUUGUAAAGACUUCCGGGUUUUUCAGAUCCUCAUUCCACAAGAAAGAGACUGUAUGGACGUCCACACCUCACUGGUCAGAUUGUCACGACCAGAGAAGUACAGUGAGCUGUACUGCUUGUCCUUCAAUCCCAAUGUGAACAAAGUGGAGCGAGAAGAGUCCUGGAACUUCAUCGACCUCAUGGCCGACUACAAGAGGAUGGGAGUUCCCAAUAACCUGUGGGUCGCUACAGCAGCUAACAGUGAAUACAGGGUGUGUGACACGUACCCAUCAGAGCUAUUUGUUCCAAAGUUGGCCACACCCCCCAUCAUCGUGGGCAGCUCACGGUUCAGGAGUCGCGGACGAUUUCCUGCUCUGUCCUACUUCCACCAGGACACACUGGCAGCAGUGUGUCGGUGUAGUCAGCCAUUGUCCGGCUUCAGUGGACGCUGUCAGGAAGACGAGAUGAUGCUGCAGGUUGUGAUGAAGUCCAACCCUGGCAGUGACUACAUUUAUGUCGUGGACACAAGGCCCAAGCUGAAUGCCAUGGCAAAUCGAGCAGCAGGUAAAGGUUACGAGAACGAGGACCACUACACCAACAUCAAGCUUCAGUUCAUCGGCAUUGAAAACAUUCACGUUAUGAGGAGCAGCCAGCAGAAAAUCAUUGACGUGGGCGAGAUGAGAUCGCCGUCCAUGACUGACUUCCUGUACGGUCUGGAGAACUCUGGUUGGCUUAAACAUAUUAAAGCCAUACUGGAUGCAGGAGUCUUCAUAGCCAGGGCAGUAGCUGAUGAAGGUAUCAGUGUGUUGGUUCACUGUUCAGACGGCUGGGACAGGACGGCCCAGGCCUGCUCUGUAGCCAGUAUACUGUUGGACCCGUACUACAGAACCAUUAAAGGACUCAUGGUGCUGAUAGAGAGAGACUGGGUUUCCUUCGGGCACAAGUUCUCCCACAGGUACGCUCACCUGGAUGGAGAUCCCAAAGAGGUGUCUCCCGUCAUCGAUCAGUUCCUGGAGUGUGUUUGGCAGCUGUCCGAGCAGUUCCCAUGUGCCUUUGAGUUCAACGAGCGCUUCCUCAUCGCCAUACACACACACAUCUACUCCUGUCAGUACGGGACCUUCCUGGGCAACUGCCAGAAGGAACGCAGGGAUAUGAGACUUCACGAGCGGAGUCAUUCUGUGUGGCCCCAGCUGUGGAAGGACAGAGCCGAGUACACCAACCCUCUGUACAAAGCCGAGCUGAGCCAGAGUCAGGGCGUCCUGAGACCCAACACCACGCCCUACUGCUUCAAAUUGUGGAAGGGUCUCUAUAACCACGUGGAGAAAUCGACGCCUCCUCGCCAGUCACCUGCUGACUUCCUGUCUGCUGUGAGGGAGGAGUCCCAGCAGCUGGAGGAGGAGCUGACCAAUCACCAGGAGAGGAUAGCAGCCCUGACAGGGAAGCCAAUCACGUGGGAGAAGGUCACGGUUCCGAGGAGGAGGACUAGCCAGCUGCGGCAGAAACACUGCGGGCCCGACCCGCCCACCACUUACACUGACCCAAUCACCAGCCCUGCACAGGACAACGGUCACGCCCUCUCCUCCAAACCAGCCAACCAGAAGACUCAGACCAAGGACCCCGCUCUCACCCUGCCUCUGGGGCCACACGCCCAGCUCAAGAGUCACCACCCUGAUGACCUCUCCACCUGCAGCGACCUGGAGUCGGGCGUGGCCGACCUCAGCAGCCGCUCGUCCAGCGGUGGGGACGACGGCAAGGACCCGGACUCGGAUGAGGCUGUCUUCACUACUGCCUGAAUGGAUGAAAAGGGAACAAUGCCACCUGUCUGGAAGAUCAAAAAGGAAAGACUGCUCUCAUAAUCGAUCCCCAAAAAUAUUUAUUCAAACACCUGGAGGGGAGGCGGACUGUGACAAGUUAAAGAUUGCUAAUGACUGAAAGACAGUUGGAUUUUAUCUCUCGUUUCAAACUGUGUUUGUCUCGUUCCUUCUCCGUCUAAAGGGAUUCGCAGUGAGUUAGAGAGAAACCUCACUGGCUGUUUUUCAGUUCACCUUGUUGACGAAGGCACUGAAAGACAUUUAAUUUAACUUUUUUUAUUUUAAAAGGCCAGAAAGGCUGUUUUUUAUAUGUGGAUGGACUCAGUUACUGUCAUUUGUACAUUGUUUAGGGAAUGCACUAGUACUACUGUGAGAGGGAUAAAUGUAACAUGAGCCUGAGACAAUGGAGGACACAGGCUCGACGAGGGGACUGAAACAAUCCGAUGAAACGCUUUUACAUUUUCAGAGAGGAGAACAAACACUCAAUACAUAAACAGAAGCUCUUAUUAUACCUAUCAUGUUAUUUCUUCAACAAACACAGCCACUAUUCAAACAAAUCUAAAAAUCAUCUGCAAUGUGAUUUACAUCCGGUCUUCCCUCCUUCUCAGUGUUAAAUAAUAUUCAACAUGACAGAAGUCAGAUUUCUUUGUAGAGCCAUUAGACAUUUUAACUUUACACUCACUGGAAGAAACAGAUGCUGACCUGCUGUCAGUAACAUCAUAUCCAUCACACCAUUUCAGCUACGCUGUAAAAUAAAACUACCUGUUUUACUUGAAAAAAAAAAGCUAAUGUCCGUGCGCCCUAAACU